AUGGAUAUAAACAAUACUAGGCCCAACGAAAAUCCAAAUAAUCGAAUAAAUAAUGCUAAAACCGUUCUAAUAUGUUUGAUGCACAUUUUAGUGGGCUCAUAUUUUGGAUAUGCCACGCAUUAUUAUAUAAGAGAAUAUAAUUCCCAUAACUGCGAGGUGUCCUUGAAUGAGGAUCCUCUUUAUUGUUCCAUGCAAUUUUGUAGUGGCUAUGGAUUCCUUGUCUUAUUUAUCGGAUUUAUUUACCUUGGCUUGAUUUAUUAUAAAAUCUUCAAACCCAGAUUGGGUCGAAGAUUACAUCGGGAUUAUUUGAUACCCCUGGAUAGAUGGUGGCUGGUUUUCAGCAGGAAAAGAUCAGUAUCGGCAAUAUUAAUUGGUAUAUUAUGUAUAGCUGUGGCCGCAUUUCUCUAUAUCGAAACUAAGCAGCAACCCGAGAAAUUAGCCUCUCUGGUGGCUCCCGGCUUCUUUAUACUCUGUGGCUAUGUCUUCUCCAGCGAUCGCGCCGCCAUCAAAUGGCGUUUGGUCAUCACUGGCAUCGCGUGCCAAUUUCUCCUGGGCAUUAUCUGCAUACGCUGGAGUGUGGGUCGAAGUAUAUUCGAAUGUAUUGGUAAUAGAACGGCGAACUUUCUAUCCUUUGCCGAUGAGGGUAGUCGUUUUGUAUAUGGCGAUGAUCUUAUAGGACAGGGUGUUUUUGCCUUUGCCAUUUUAUCGGUGAUAUUUUUCUUUAGCUUCCUCAUUUCAAUUUUGUACUACAUGGGUGUGAUGCAAUGGGUCGUAAUGAAACUAGGGUGGGUACUGUCGCAAAUUUUGGGCACCACCGUCUGCGAAAGUGUAACGGCAGCAGCUAAUAUUGUCCUAUCCAUGACUGAGAGUGCUGUGCUCAUAAGGCCUUAUGUAAAAUUGCUGACAGCCAGUGAAAUUCAUUCGAUUAUGGUGUCGGGAUUUGCCACGGUAUCGGGUUCAGUUUUGGCAGCAUAUCUCAGCUUUGGAGCAUCCCCAGCCCAUUUGAUAACUUCGAGUGUAAUGGCUGCCCCCGCCUCACUGGCCAUUUCGAAAUUAUAUUUACCCGAAACAAAGGAGAGCAAGACGGCAGCGGAUAAUAUACGAUUAGAGAAAUCCCAGGACUCUUCAUUGUUGGAUGCCGCUGCCAAUGGGGCCAACAAUGCCGUACCCAUUGUCCUGGGGAUCAUUGCAAAUCUGGUGGCCUUUGUGGCUUUUAUUGCCUUCCUCAAUGCUGUGGUCAAUUGGUUUGGCAGUUUAGUGGGUCUAGACUUUAUUGACUUUGAAUGGUUAUUUUCGAAGCUGUUUAUACCUCUGGCCUGGGGAAUGGGAGUGCCGUGGAAGGAUUGCGAAGAAGUGGCAAAAGUUGUGGCAGCCAAAACUAUUGUCAAUGAAUUUGUGGCCUAUGAACGUUUGGGAGGAUUGAUCAACAAUAAUGUCAUAGGUGCUCGCAGUGCCAGCAUAGCAACAUUUGCCAUUUGUGGUUUUGCAAAUCCCAGUUCCAUGGGUAUGAUGAUUGGAAUUCUGGGCACCAUGGCUCCCAAAAGUCGAGGCCUCAUAACAUCGGUGGCUUUUCGAGCGUUUGUUGUGGGCAGUAUUGUGUGUUUUGUGUCGGCGAGCUUUGCCGGCAUUCUAAUGCAGGAAGAGGAAGAGAGACGAGUUUAUGAGAGGAUCCUAAGUAUGAACCAGUUAAAAAACAUUACAAUUGGAGUGAUUAAGACAUAA